UUUUUUUUUUUUUUUUUUUUUUUUCCUUUGGAAGAAUUUAAACCAUGAACAACUUCAUGAUCAGCCUCACAUCUUAUUCCAGCUUAAAAAUACCAUGAAAGAUAUUUACAGAAUCACUUCUCUCACUUGGACUAUCCAACUACAAUUGCCUUUACAAAACUACACACAUUCAUCUCUUUCCCUCAAAGCCCAAUUUCUUCCACCUUCACAAGAUGAUAAAAUCUCCUUUCUUCUUCUCAUUCUUCUUCUUCUUAUUCUUUUUUGUUGCUUCUUACCUCCGUUUUAUCUGGAACACUCUAUUAUACCAUAUUGAAUGAAGGGUCAUGUGAAACAGAUCAUACUUUUCAGGCUUGGCAUGCCAGAGAAAAUGCCGCUGAAUCUUCCUCACCGCAAGUUGCAUCUCAUGAUACUUCUCCUCUGGUAUCGAAACAAAAUCUCUUUCAAGUUAGGAAUGUCUUUCUCUGCCAGAAUUAUGGAGAAUCUUGACCAGUUCAGGACCUCAAAAAAUGGAGGCACAAAAUUGUCAGAUAUAAUCACUGGCACGCACUCAUAGAAGAUUGAUUCAACCACACGUGGACUAUUGACCUCGUAUCCCUUUGGGCAGAUACAAUACUUGCUGCUCUUCAUGUGCUGUAUGUAGUUCAUUUUGCUUGCCACACCAGAAGGCAUCGGCCCAAAAAUUUUCAUACUAGCAUC